AUGAAGAACCAAACAUUGAUCUCCAAUGUUCUUCUAAUGAGUCUGUCGGAAAAUCAAAACAUCACCUAUGUUCUCUUUGUUGUCUUCCUUCUUGUCUACCUGAUGACCUUCUUGACCAAUUUUGUUAUUAUCUUUCUAGUUAUUACUUGUUCUCAUCUUCAUACACCCAUGUAUUUCUUUCUUGGGAACUUAGCAUUCUUAGAUAUGUCAUACUCAUCUGUUACUUCCCCAAGGAUGCUCUUUGACCUCUCCACCAAAAAUUGGACAAUCUCCCUCCCAGGCUGCAUAGUCCAAAUGUUCUUUGUGAUCUAUUUUGGGAGUUCUGAGGUUUUCUUAUUGUCUUCCAUGUCUUAUGACAGAUAUAUAGCCAUCUGUAACCCUCUUUAUUACUCUCAGAUCAUGUCUUGGGGCAAAUGCACUCAGUUGGUGUUAUUGGUUUGGUCAUCUGCUCUCAUUGCCCCCAUCAUUUUUACCUUAUGUUUAAGAAGGUUGACAUUCUGUGGUCCUAAUUUCAUUCAAAAUUUCUUUUGUGACCUGCCCCAUUUGUUCCAGAUCUCUUGUACUGAUACUUUCAUCAAUGUUCUAGUCUUAAUAAUUGUAGGUGGUGUUCUUUGCAUCAUAGCCUUUGUUGCCACAUUUUACUCAUAUGUCAGGAUUUUUCGCACAGUGCUCAAAAUUCGCACAAAUGAUGGAAAACGUAAAGCUUUCUCUACUUGUACGUCUCAUCUGACUGUGGUUGUGACAUUUUAUGCAUCAAUAACUUUUAUCUACUUUGUUCCUAACACAAGUUAUUUUCUUACAUUGAACAAAGUGGUGACAGUGCUAUAUACAAUAAUCACCCCCUUACUCAACCCCUUAGUCUAUAGUCUAAGGAGCAAAGACCUGAAGGCUGCACUGCAGAGAACCUUACAUGUACACAUGCUGAUUCCAGAGACCAUCACAAGAAGAUGCACAUGA